CUCGCGGGUUAGUCCCCCGCCCCGGCCCCCGAGUUCCGCGCGGGCCGGGCUGGGGCGGGGCGUCGGGCCAGCUGAGCUAUCCGGUCCGACCGCGCCAGUUUGAAUGAAAGCUCCUCAAGAUGGCGGCGGCCGGGGCCGAGGCGCGAGGAGGAUAUGGAAUAUUAUCUUGUAAAAUGGAAAGGAUGGCCAGAUUCUACAAAUACUUGGGAACCUUUGCAAAAUCUCAAGUGCCCAUUACUGCUUCAGCAGUUCUCUAAUGACAAGCAUAAUUAUUUAUCUCAGGUAAAGAAAGGCAAAGCAAUAACUCUAAAAGAAAAUCACAGAGCUUUGAAACCUGCUAUUGCUGAAUACAUUGUAAAGAAGGCUAAACAAAGGAUAGCCCUGCAGAGAUGGCAGGACGAACUCAACAGAAGGAAGAAUCACAAAGGAAUGAUUUUUGUUGAAAAUACUGUGGACUUGGAGGGCCCCCCUUCAGACUUCUACUACAUUAAUGAAUACAAACCAGCUCCUGGAAUCAGCUUAGUCAAUGAAGCCACCUUUGGUUGUUCGUGCACAGAUUGCUUCUUUGAGAAAUGUUGUCCCGCUGAAGCUGGAGUUCUUUUGGCUUAUAAUAAAAAUCAGCAAAUUAAAAUCCCACCUGGCACCCCCAUUUACGAGUGCAACUCUCGGUGUCAGUGUGGACCCGAUUGUCCCAACAGGAUCGUCCAAAAAGGCACACAGUAUUCGCUGUGCAUCUUUCGGACCAGCAACGGCUGCGGCUGGGGCGUCAAGACCCUUGUGAAGAUCAGGAGAAGGAGCUUUGUCAUGGAGUACGUCGGAGAGGUAAUCACAAGUGAAGAAGCUGAAAGACGGGGGCAGUUAUAUGACAACAAAGGAAUCACAUAUCUCUUUGAUCUGGACUAUGAAUCUGAUGAAUUCACAGUGGAUGCAGCUCGAUAUGGAAAUGUGUCUCAUUUUGUGAAUCACAGUUGUGACCCGAAUCUUCAGGUGUUCAACGUUUUCAUUGAUAACCUUGACACCCGUCUUCCCCGAAUAGCAUUAUUUUCUACGAGGACUAUAAAUGCUGGAGAAGAGCUCACUUUUGAUUAUCAAAUGAAAGGUUCUGGAGAUAUAUCUUCAGAUUCUAUUGAUCACAGCCCAGCCAAAAAGAGGGCCAGAACUGUGUGCAAAUGUGGAGCUGUGACUUGCAGAGGUUACCUCAACUGAAUUUUCAGGAAAUAGAACUGAUGAUGAUUAUAGUUUUUUUCCUAAUGUUACCAUUUUUAAAAAAUAAGUAUUUGGGACUCUUUUCAUAUUAUCAAGAUAAUACACUAUGUUAAUUUACAAGUCAUGUUUCAAACUCUUGGCCAAAUGCAUUACUGAUGCUUCUGAAGAGAGGAACACAGGGUCACAUAGACUAAUUUGAAAUAUACAUAUUCAGACUAUUGACAGAUCUGUGUAGAAGUCUGUGUGAAUAGAGAAAUGCCUCCUUCGGUGUUUAAGUGUUAAACUAAUGAUGUAACAGUCACUAAGAUCAAAUAUUCGACUUGCCAUACACCUUGAAUUUAGAGAAAUAGAGUUAAUUCUUAUUGGACAAAUAUACAAGUUCUAUUUUUGUUAUUGUUAUUCCUGUUUACCUACUUAUUACUCACUGUACUUGUAUUUGAGACAAAUAGGUGAUACUGAAUUAUACUCUAUUUUCUACUUUCAUUAAAACAUUGAGAUCUUAAUGAUACAGAAAUUUAAGGUCUAAAAUUAAAUGUAAAAACGUUU